AUGGCGCCCCAAUUCUCCCUUCGCGGGCUCUUUAGCCAUGCGGCCGAGUUCCUAUCUCAGGUCCCCAUCUCCCCCUCCUCAGGGUCCACCAGCCUCACGCCCUACAAACCACUGACGAGCGCCCCCUCCUGCCCCAUCGACGGACCGACGAGCUGCCUCAGCGCGCCAGAGGACGGUGCGUCUUGCUGCUUCGUGGCACCGAGCGGGCGGAUGCUUCUGACGCAGUUCUGGGACCAACAAGUCCACGCUGGCGGCUCGGAGCGCGAUUGGACGGUCCACGGACUCUGGCCGGAUCUGUGCGAUGGAAGCUACAAGGCCUUCUGCGGAAUGACGCCGCACUUCAACAACAUCACCGAGAUCCUCGUCGACCAGGGCCACGAGGAUCUCGUCAAACAGAUGAACAGAUACUGGGUGGCAGCGUAUGGCUCGAACGACCACCUCUGGGCCCACGAGUACAACAAGCAUGCGAGCUGCAUCAACACGCUCGCGCCCUCGUGCUACGCCUCGGCCUACACGCCCGGCGCCGAGGUGGCCGACUACUUCACCCGCGCUUUCGGCCUCUUCCGCACGCUCAACACGUACGCCGUCCUGGCCGAAGCGGAUAUCGUGCCGUCGCGCGUCCACAAGUACCCCAUCAAGGCCAUUGAGGGCGCGCUGGAGAAGCACACGGGGGGCAAGGUCGUGCUGCGGUGCAGUGGGCGCGGCGGCUCGGUGCUGCACGAGGCGUGGUACGCCUUCUUUGUCAGGGGCAGCUUGCAGACGGGCGACUUUGUGCCCGCCGAGACGUACGGGGAGCACGGGGACGCGAGGAACUGCGGCGAGGAGGUGUGGUAUCUGCCCAAGGUGUGCCGGUUGCCUGGGGGCUGCGCUGGAGAUGGCGAGCUCUGA